UUCUCCACAUGUGCGGAGGAUAUACCAUACCAUACCUUGUUCAUUCAGUUGUUCAGUUUGACAUAAGUGCUUGAAGACACGCGAGACAGCUCAACUUGUUCACGACUUUUGAGACUUUUUUUUUGUUCGGGAAUUCCCUGUUGAAAAAUUUAUUAACGAGUGUGAUAUAAUUUCAAGUUUAUAAACCUUUUCCAAUUUUUUUUUUUUUUUUUUUUAUUUUUUGUUUUGAACUUUAAUUUUAUUUGACAACCUCAUAAAAGAAAGUUUAUUUCUACUGUGUACUUUUCUAUUCAAUAUGCACCAACGAUUUUGGUCGUUGGUGCUACUACUAUCAAUAACAGCAUGUCAAAUUGCAGACGUAGCGGCAAGAUAUCAUCAUAUAAAAUUCCGACAUGCAAGGCACAGGAGACAACAUGCAGAAGGCUAUUUGCCAAGCAGUUUUGUGGCUGAAAAUGACGAACCCGAAGAGGGACGUUGGGGAUCUUGGUCAGCACCCAGCUCCUGCUCUAGAUCCUGUGGUGGCGGUGUCGCUCAUCAAACACGGCGAUGUUUAGACAUUGACAACAAUGGGUACGACAGAUGUACGGGAGCUAAGAAGAGAUUCUUCUCAUGUAAUAUUCAACCAUGUCCAGGCGGUUCUGGAGACUUUCGUGCAGAGCAAUGCGCCGAGUUCAACUCAGUACCAUACGAGGAUGUAUUUUAUGACUGGAUUCCAUACACUGGUGCACCAAAUAAGUGUGAGCUAAACUGCAUGCCACGGGGUGAACGUUUCUUUUACAGACACAAGCUUGCAGUUACUGACGGUACACCGUGUGAAGUUGAAAAAAACGACGUUUGUGUCGAAGGGAAAUGCAUGCCAGUAGGAUGUGACAUGAUGCUGGGCAGCGAUGCAAGAGAAGACGCUUGCAGAGAAUGUGGUGGUGAUGGCUCUGAUUGCAACACCGUCAGCGGCUUCUUCGACACCGAUGACCUCCAAGUUGGAUAUAUCGACAUUCUACUUAUUCCUGAAGGCGCUACAAAUAUUGCUAUCAAGGAAAUUGCACCUUCAAAUAAUUAUUUAGCAAUUCGUAAUACGUCUGGGUAUUAUUAUCUAAAUGGCAACUGGAAAAUAGACUUCCCCCGAAGUCUAAAAUUUGCCAAUACAAUAUUUCAUUACGCGAGGGAUCCGCAAGGCUUCUCAGCACCGGACACAAUUACAGCCUUGGGACCAACUAGCGAAGCGAUUUAUGUCGUCUUACUCUAUCAAGAUCGAAACGUUGGGGUGGAGUAUAAAUACAGUAUUCCUAAAAAAUUCUCUCCUCAAGCUGAUCCCGAUAGCUAUACGUGGACUGCCGAUGAAUUUUCCGAAUGUAGUGUAACAUGUGGUGGAGGCUAUCAAUCAAGACGAGUGAACUGUGUAAGACGUCGUAAUAAUGAGCCGGUUGAUGAGAAACUGUGUGAUCCGCAAUUAGAACCAGAUGACACUCAAUCUUGUGGCGAAAAUGCAUGUCCACCCGAAUGGGUUGAAAGCGAAUGGACGCCUUGUAGUAAACAAUGCGGUGAGGGUGGUGAACGUACAAGAGAAAUAAAGUGUGAGCAGAUCAUCGUUGGUGGUAUACCGACCAUCGUUGACGACUCGAUGUGCAUUGAGAAACUUGGACCGAAGAAUGAGACCACCCAGGAAUGCAAUCGCAAUGUUACAUGUCCUAUGUUUCACUUAGGACCUUGGAAACCCUGUGAUCACUUGUGUGGUAAAGGAAAGCAAACGAGAAAGGUAACUUGUUAUAAAAAAGAUGAUGAUGGUAAAAUACAAGUAUUAGAUGAUUCAGCAUGCGAGGGUGAAGUGCCAGAAAAAGAGAAGCCAUGUGAAUUAAGACCCUGCGCUGGACUUGAUUGGGUCGUCUCUGAAUGGAGCGGAUGUGAUGAUAAAUGUGGUCUUACUCAAGAAACACGAACUGCUCAUUGUGCCACUCAAGAUGGUACUAUUUAUCCUGAUGACAAGUGUGAGCCAGAUAAAAAACCAGAGUUAACACGCGAAUGUGAGAAUACCAAAGGAUGUGAAUAUCAAUGGUAUUCAACUCAGUGGAGUGAGUGUUCGGCAAAAUGCGGUAAAGGCAUACAAACUCGUAAAGUUUUUUGCGCAACAUUUGAGGACGAUGUAACAUUAAAAAAAGUAUCUGAUGAAAAAUGUAAACCUGAAAAACGUUAUAACGAUACGAAGGAAUGUACAUCAGAAAUUGUUGAAUGCAAAGGCGAAUGGUUUGCAGGUCCAUGGAGUAAGUGUUCUAAACCGUGUGGUGGUGGAGAUAAGACACGAAAAGUUGUAUGUUUAAAAGACGAUAUGACUGUCCCAAUAAGUAAUUGCGAUAAAGACUCCAUAAUGUUUUCUAUUGAAGAAUGUAAUAAACAUCCUUGUGGUAAAGAUGAAGUAAUACCUGUAGAGCCGGGAAAAGAUAACAUUCCAACGGAUGAAGAUGAUGAAUGUGAAGUAUACGAGGAUGAAGAUUUUGUAACAUUAGCUUCGAGCUUAAAAACUGAUGAAGAUGAAAUAUCCAGUUCUAUUUCACCUUUCGAGUCAACUGAUUUGAGUAUGUCAACAUUAGAUGAAACAAUGAUGAGUGAUUCAACGUUUAGCCGUGGAGAUAUGACACCAACAGAUUUUGAAAGUGGUUACAGCAGCGGUGACGGAAGUGGUGACGAUGAGUUUACGCUAUUUACUUCUGUUUACACAGACGCUUCAUUGUCAAGUAGUGAGUUUUCGACAAUUGAGGGAAGUGGAAUAACCACAGAUGAGGAAACCACAGAAAUGGAAACUGAUUUAACAACAGGAGUUUCAGUUAGUGAAGAUUCGGAAGAAACUUCUGAUACUACUGAUGUUUCUGAAAUUACUGAAGCAUCAAUGUCUACUGAUUCAACAAGUUCUAAUAUCGCAAGCAGUACAGACGAAUCGGGAUCAACUGAGUCAUCUGGUUCUACUGAUGUCUCUGGUACGCAAUCAUCGGGAUCAUCUGAAGCAUCUGGUAGUACAGACGAAUCUUCUUCUGAAGCAUCUAGUAGUACAGAAGAAUCUUCUUCUGAAGCAUCUGGUAGUACAGAAGAAUCUUCUUCUAAAGCAUCUGGUAGUACAGAAGAGUCUUCUUCUGAAGCAUCUGGUAGUACAGAAGCAUCUGCAGCUUCUUCAGAGUCAACAUUAUUUGAAAGUACAAUUGAAUCAUCAUCUGAAAUUUCUACCAUGGAAUCAUCAGAAAUAUCGACCGGAUCAUCAGAGUCUAGUGUAUCGACGGUAGAAUCAUCAUCAGAAUUAUCAAGUUCAUCAGAAUCAAGUGCAAGUACUGAAUCAGACAUUACCACAGUGUCAUCGGCGUCAGAAACAACCGAGUCAUCACAGUCUACUGAAUCUGGACCAACAGAAACAACUCAAUCAGCUCCAACAACCUCUUCUGAAGAAACACCAACAACUUCUUCUGAGGAAACACCGACGACUUCUUCUGAAGAAACACCAACAACUUCUUCUGAAGAAACGCCAACAACCUCUUCUGAGGAAACACCGACGACUUCUUCGGAAGAAACACCAACAACUUCUUCGGAAGAAACACCAACAACUUCUUCUGAAGAAACACCGACAACUUCAUCUGAAGAAACACCAACAACAGAUACAUCCAUAACCGAAACAACAGAAUCUGAUGUAUCUACAUCAUCUUCAUCUGAUGUAACUAAAAUGUCUUCUUCGGAGUUUGAAACAACUACAUCAGAACUUCCUUUCACAAUUUUACCUGUUGAUGGAGAAAGUGAUUCCGAAGGAUUACGUAAAGAUCUUGAGACAUCAUCAGAAUCUUCGUCGACUGAUGAAACUAGUGCUACUUCUGAAAGUUCAUCUGAUGUAAGUACAACUGAAGUAUCUGGUUCUACUGAGUUUUCUACGACAGAAUCAUCAUCAGUGUCAGAAGAAUCUACAACUGGAUUUACGGCAGAAUCAGGAGCUACAACUGAAUCAGGAGAAACAAGUGAAUCAGUUGCAACAUCUGAGUCGGGUGAAACAACUGAGUCAGGUGAAACAACUGAAUCAGGAGCCACAACUGAAUCAGGUGCAACAUCUGAAUCGGGUGCAACAUCUGAGUCGGGCGAAACAACUGAAUCAGGAGCUACAACUGAAUCAGGUGCAACAACUGAAUCGGGUGAAUCAACUGAAUCGGGUGAAACAACUGAAUCCGGUGCAACAACUGAAUCAGGUGAAACAACUGAAUCCGGUGAAACAACUGAAUUCAGUGCAACAACUGAAUCAGGUGCAACAUCUGAGUCGGGUGAAACAACUGAAUCCGGUGCAACAACUGAGUCGGGUGAAACAACUGAGUCAAGUGAAACAACUGAAUCAGGAGCUACAACUGAGCCGGGUGAAACAACUGAAUCCGGUGCAACAACUGAGUCGGGUGAAACAACUGAAUCCGGUGCAACAACUGAAAGUGGUAUGACAGAAACAACUACUGUAUCUGGUACCACUUCAACUGACGAGGAAGAAACUGAUUUAACUGGCAAAUCAGACAUAUUAGAUAUAUUUACCACAAGUCCAGUGGAAGAGGCAAUAUCAAAAGAACAUAAACUCAGAAAAUGUAAAGUUAAAAGACAGAAGAAAAAGUCAUGCAGAACUUCUGAAUUCAAUUGCUGUUACGAUGGUAUUACUCCAGCUCAAGGGCCAUUCGGAAAAGGCUGCCCGACUCCACAAACUUGUGCAGAAACGACUUUCGGAUGUUGUCCAGACGGUGUAUCAGUUGCUGCUGGACCAAAGAAUGAAGAUUGUCCAUCAAUGCAUUGCAAUGAAAGUCUAUUUGGAUGCUGUCAAGAUGGUGUGACACCUGCUGAAGGUAAUGAUUUCGAAGGUUGCAAAAAACCAUGCAACCAAACUGAAUUUGGAUGUUGUCCUGAUAAUGAGACUCCAGCAAGCGGUGAAAAUAAUUUGGGAUGUUGUAAUGUAACUCAAUAUGGCUGUUGUCCUGAUGGAAUCAAACCUGCAUCUGGACCGGAUGAAGAGGGUUGUGAAGAGAAUAUAACCGAAGGAACUGACGUUACUGAAGAAUAUGGAAGUACAACACCGUUCGAAGGGGACUGUGCUAACUCAACCUACGGAUGUUGUCCAGAUGGAAAGAGUCCUGCAACAGGAAUAAACUUUGAAGGCUGUGGAGUUAUUAAUACCGAAAAUUGUACUGCUUCUUACUUUGGAUGCUGCGCGGAUGGUGUCACUGCGGCACUAGGUGGACGUGGUGAAGGUUGUCAUGCAGCUUGUGAAUCAUCAACUCAUGGAUGCUGUCCAGAUCGUCUGACUCCAGCUCAUGGACCAAACGGCGAAGGCUGUUGCUUAACAUCCCCUUACAAAUGUUGUCCCGAUAACAUUCUCCCAGCUCGAGGUCCUGAUUUCUACGGAUGUGGCUGUGAGUACUCACGGUUCCACUGCUGUCCCGACAACACUACUGCAGCACGUGGACCAAACAAUGAAGGCUGUGGAUGUCAAUACACAGCCCACGGGUGUUGCCCCAAUAAAUUUACUCCCGCAACUGGACCCAACUUCGAGGGAUGCCCAUGUUACACAUAUCAAUUUGGUUGCUGUCCAGAUGGCGUCACCACUGCUAAAGGUCCACGUGGCCAUGGAUGUGGUUGUGAGAGCACUGAAUUCGGUUGCUGCUCAGAUGAACGAACUCCAGCUAAGGGUACAAACUUUGCUGGAUGUACUUGCGAUGCAUCUAAGUACGGUUGCUGUUCAGAUGGAAUUGAAGAAGCACAAGGAGAAAACUUUGAAGGUUGUCGCACAGUACCAACUAUUCCAGGAGCUGCUUGUUCUCUGGCUAGAGAUCGUGGUUCAUGUCGUGACUUUACUGUCAAAUGGUUCUUUGAUACUGAGUAUGGUGGAUGCUCGCGAUUCUGGUAUGGUGGUUGCGAGGGUAAUGAAAAUCGUUUUAAAACUCAAGAAGAAUGUAAAGAUACCUGUGUAUCUCCUCCUGGACGAGAUGUAUGCCACUUGCCCAAGAGUACUGGUCCCUGUGAAGGAUACUACCCAAUGUGGUAUUACGACAGUGAAAGAAAACAGUGUGGGCAAUUUAUUUAUGGUGGUUGUCUUGGCAAUAAUAAUAAAUUUAAAACUCGUGAAGAAUGUGAACAACUUUGUGUCGUUCGGGAUGACAGUGAUCCGUGCGAGUUAGACGAAGAAUCAGGACCAUGCGAGGGUAACUUUACGCGCUGGUACUUCAACAAAGAUUCUCAAGCGUGCGAACAAUUCCGUUACGGUGGUUGCAAAGCUAAUACUAAUAACUUCCCAACUGAAGUUGCUUGCCACCAACGAUGUCUUCAACCGGGUCGUAGUAAAGUAACUCAAGAAGUAUGUACACUGGACAAAGAUCCCGGGCCUUGUCCGGGCUCUUUACUGCGUUGGUAUUACGAUGAAAAACGCCGGGCAUGUAGACAAUUUGUUUACGGUGGUUGUAAAGGCAACGGCAAUAAAUUCCGUACACGCGCGGACUGCGAGCAACGUUGUCCGAUUCGAGAGCAAGAUCUUUGUCUUUUGCCUGCACUUCUUGGUGAGUGUCAUAAUUAUACCCAACGGUGGUAUUAUGACUCGUUUGAACAACGAUGCAGACAAUUCUUUUACGGCGGAUGUGGAGGAAAUGAAAAUAACUUUAAUACGGAGGAAGACUGUAGUAAUAGAUGUGUAGCUUCAGUUACUAAACCACCAGAUUCUCACCAAAGAUUUUCUCCAGCCAUGUGUUUCCUGCCCGAUGAACAUGGACCCUGUAGAAAUGAACAAGUGAAAUGGUUCUAUGAUAGUAGAGACGGUAUUUGUAAACAAUUCCGUUACGGUGGAUGUGCAAGCAAUGGAAAUAAAUUUGAAUCACGCGAAGAGUGUGAAUACCGAUGCGGAGAAGUUCAAGACCCAUGCAGUUUGCCUAAAGUAGUUGGACCAUGCAGUGGUUCGAUGAUUCAGUUUUACUACAACCACGAGACGGAUACUUGUGAAGAGUUUGAGUACAGUGAAUGUGGUGGUAACAAAAAUCGUUUCGAGGAUCAUGAAAGUUGUGAGGGUAAAUGUAAACGUAGACGACCGCCGCCGCCACCACCACCACCCGUACCAGAACCACAAGCAUCAACAUCUUUACCACCCUCUGAAAUUGUUCCUAAUAGUCCUAUUUGCUUGGCUCCGGUUGAUGCCGGGCCAUGUAAUUCUGAAAUUACCGCUUACUAUUAUGAUCCCCAAUCUCAAGCAUGUCAAGCUUUCAUUUACGGUGGAUGUGAAGGCAACGCCAAUAGAUUCCAAAGUGAAGAACAGUGUGAAAGACUUUGUGGACGGUUCCAGGGUCAAGACUCUUGUAAUCUUCCAUCGGAUACUGGACCAUGCAGAGGCAAUUUCAUAAAAUACUUUUAUGAUCCAAAUGCACGUGCUUGUCGUCAGUUUUACUACAGCGGCUGUGAAGGCAAUGCAAAUAGAUUUAGCACUGUUCUAGAGUGUGAAUCUGUUUGUUUACAUCGUGAAGAACCUACACCUGCUGGCAAUAAUACAGCACUCUCACACUUUGCAAUUUGCCGCGAGCCUGUGGAUGUUGGAACAUGUCCAACUGGUAAUUACAAAAGGUUUUAUUUCGACGAAGACCGUCGUACUUGCAUGGCAUUUGUUUAUACUGGGUGUGGUGGAAAUCGUAACAGAUUCAAAACAUUUGAAUCUUGUAUGCACACUUGCUACAGAGCGAGCAAUGAAAUAGACGUAGACAAUAGAAAUGUAUCAAAGGAUCCAUGCAUUGAAGCAAGGGAUGAAUGUAAUACAAUGCAAUGUCCUUAUGGCAAAGAAGCUUUUGUCGAUGAUCAAGAUUGUGAACGCUGUAAAUGCGUUGAUCCAUGCCGAAGUGUUAAUUGUCCUGAAGGUUCUAGAUGUUCAAUAACUUUAGCAGCUUCUGCUGAUUCAGGAACAGAAUACAGAGCAGUUUGUCGAACAAUUACUAAACCAGGUCGCUGUCCGAGAGUAUCCUACAGUACAAGAUGCGAAAAAGAAUGUGAAACUGAUGCUGAAUGUUCUGGUGAACUCAAGUGUUGUGACAACGGAUGUGGUACCUCGUGCUUAGAGCCUGCAUCUGAAGAGCCUUUAGUAACACCACCUCCAACUUAUAAUUUAACUGCACCACCUUACGGAGCCGAGCCAGCUGCUAUUAAAAAACCAACAGAACCACACGUAAGUGGUGAAGAAGGUGGAUAUGUCAGUAUGAAGUGUAUCGCUACAGGAAAUCCUACACCAAUUAUCACGUGGAAAAAAGAUGCGAUUGUGAUAAAUCCAGCAGAGAAGAGACGACGAGUAUUACUUGAUGGAACAUUAGAAAUUAUUAACUUAUACAGUUACGACAGAGGCACGUAUAUUUGUUUUGCUGAUAAUGGACUUGCACCACCCGUUAAGACUGAAUAUCAAUUAGAAGUAACAGAACCUCAUGAACGGCCAGCUGCUAUUGUCGGUGAAAAAAAUACUUAUGUAACAGUAACAAUGAACUCACCAUCGACACUGUAUUGUUAUGCAAUGGGUUGGCCACGUCCUUUUGUAACCUGGUGGCAUGGUGACCGUAUGCUUCCAUUAUCUUCAGAGCAUUAUGAACAAGACUCUGAAUACACAUUAUUAAUUCGUUCGGUAACUUUAACAAAUCUCGGUAUCUAUACUUGUCAAGCUUACAACGGUAUUGAUCGUCCUUCUUCAUGGUCUGUAACACUUCAAGCAAUCGGCCCAGUGUACAAUGUUAAACCAGAAUAUCAAGAGUACACUAAAUACCUUGUAGAACCACCUAAGCGACCUAACAAUACUGAUCGCAGACCAGAGUACCCAUACAGACCAUCACGAACUCAAGCCCCUCAUUAUAAUCAGACUUACAUUCCUAUUCGUUAUACUCGUCCUACACCUAGACCUUACAUCCCACCUGUAAUUCCUCUUACUGAACCUCCACCACAGCCAUCUCAAAUCAAAGUACCAGUUGUCGUCAAUGUAACAUCAUCAGGAAAUAAAUUCCCAGUAGGAAGUGACUUCAGUAUUGCUUGUACUGUUGAUGGUUAUCCGAAUCCUACAGUACUAUGGUAUAAAGAUAAUGAUAUAAUUAAUACAGAUGGACGAGUUACAAUUUCUGAAUCAAAUAGACUUACGAUUACCAAUGCCGGUUACAAUGAUACUGGAAAAUAUCGCUGUGAAGCUUACAACGAUUAUUCAAAUGAUUCAGACACAGUAGACAUUAGUGUUGAAGGCGUACAUAUCGAUCCAGAGUGUCAGGAUAAUACGUUCUUUGCUCGAUGUGAUUUAAUAGUAAUUGCAAAAUACUGUCAGCACAAGUAUUAUGCUAAAUUCUGUUGUAGAUCGUGCACUGAAGCAGGACAACUUCCACCAGCUAAUAUGUAUCUUAAAGAUUCAACAAGAAGAAGAAAGAGAUCAUUUAGGAAUAUAUUCUAAGCAAGUGCACGAGUCAUUUCUUAAACGAAAAAAAAAAAAAAAAAGAAAGAAAAAAACUAGUUAAUAUUAAUAAUGAUAAUAGUUAUAAU